GCAGCCUCCUCUAUUUCAGUCUUAAAAAUAACACUGCUGAUGCCCUACCCCCACAUCUGUGCUGGGAGGUUGGGUCUAAGCUCUCAUUGUUGGCAGCACAGAAACUUCCCUCCAGCCUUUCAAGGAAGUGAGUCUCCGCUGCAACUUGUAAGACCACCUGCAGAUUUCCCGCAACUUUGUAAUGAGCUUGAAAUUCCCAGAAGAAACAAUUAAAGAGAUCUGUGAAUUAUUUUGUGAAUGCAGAAGAGGACUGCAAAUGAGGUGGCCCUGACUGUCGCUAAGGGCACAGAAGAGUGGCUGAAGGCGCAAAGGACACGGCCAGGGGGCGGGGAGCCGCGGUGCUGCCCAGAGCAGAGGGCUAGGCAGUUACGUCACUGCCCCUCCGGGAGGCAGCUACAGCUCGUCAGAAGUGCUGUGUGCAAAGUCCUAAGCCAGAGUUCCGCUCCCUGGCCAGGCCAGCUGCCCCUUGACGGCCAACUCCAGGCAGGGCCUGAGGUCUCAGCCCUGCCCCGUCUGUAAGCUGCCAAGCACACAGCUCUGAGCUGUCUGAGGGUAACGCUUUCCCGAGCUAAAAUUUCUGACCCCUGACAUUGGCCUUGAACAAGAUGGAGGAUUUGCAAUCAGAGGGCAUGAGUCGCGUGGCUGUGGACUACGUGGGAGGCAUCCUGCAGCCUACGCCCACCUGUGACACCUGGGAUCAGAUCUGGAGCUUCCAAGCCAGGCCCGACGACCUGCUCAUUUCUACCUACCCGAAAGCAGAACAAGGAACAACAUGGACGCAGGAGAUUGUGGACUUGAUACAAAACGGGGGUGACGUCGACCAAAGCCAGAGGGCACCCACGCACGAGCGAUUUCCCUUCAUCGAGUGGAUAGUCCCUUCCCUAGGAUCUGGCUUGGAACAAGCGAAUGCAAUGACCUCACCCCGGAUACUGAAGACACACCUCCCCUUCCACUUGCUGCCACCAUCUCUCCUGGAGAAGAACUGUAAGAUGAUCUACGUAGCCAGGAACCCCAAGGACAACAUGGUGUCUUAUUACCACUUCCACAGGAUGAAUAGAAUCCUUCCUGCUCCAGGCACCUGGGAAGAAUACUUUGAGAAUUUUCUGGCUGGGAAAGUGUGCUGGGGCUCCUGGUAUGACCACGUGAAGGGCUGGUGGCACGCCAAGGACCAGCACCGCAUCCUCUACCUUUUCUACGAGGACAUGAAGGAGAACCCAAAGCAUGAAAUUCAGAAGCUGGCAGAAUUUAUUGGAAAGAGCUUAGAUGAUAAAGUUCUGGAUAAAAUUGUUCACCACACUUCAUUUAGUGUCAUGAAGCAGAACCCGAUGGCAAACUACACGUCGAUUCCGGCUAAAUUCAUGAACCACUUGAUUUCUCCAUUCAUGAGAAAAGGGGUCGUCGGGGAUUGGAAGAACCACUUCACCGUGGCCCAGAAUGAGAGAUUUGAUGAUGAUUACAGGAAGAACAUGGCUGACACCACUCUAACUCUCCACUUUCGAUUCUCGUAAGGAAGAAAAAUCACCAGAUUUAAUUGGUGUAAAAGUUGAUUACCCUGACCCCGUGAUAUUGAAUUCAGGUGGCUGGACUAGUGCUUCUUGUGUCUGCUUUUGUUCACCCUAAUAAAAGAUGGAGCUAAAAAAAAAAAAAAAAAAAAGGAGCUAACAGAGGUUGGGGCCAGGUGGAGGGCGGAGACUUACAACCCUGGCAUCCUUGCUAAUGAUCAUGAUGCGUCAGUUUUCUACAGACCACAUGCAUGUGAACAUGUUAAAUAUGCUCUGGUCAUCACAUAAGAACAUACUAAAGUUUUCAGAUGAAGUGUUGGUUUAAGAAAAUUUGUAAAUACAGCACUAAAAUGUGUCAAUAGCUACUAUUUCUUGGUAGCCAGCGAUUUCUUGGUAGCCAAGUAACCAUCAUCAGGUGACUGUUUUCCCCUGAAACUUUCUCAUUCACUCCAGGCUUCUUCCUUCAGUGCCUCUACCCCUGUCCCUCACCGCUGCCUCUGCAUUUCGCUGGACUCCCCUUCCACUCCCAGCCAACCCAUCCCAGACUUGCACCUUGACCCACCUCUCUGCAGCCCCUCCUCAAUUGUGUUCUAAUCCAUCAGCAACACCUGUCAGUGUACCUCCAGGAUGUCUUACCUCUGCAGCCACCCUUCCAGUUCAGAAGCCUCUCCCUUGCCUAUAAGCUAUGUGACUUGUUUCUCUGUUCAUCAUACAUCUGCCAAACUUCUUUUCCCACAGCAAGAUUCUUUACAUUUCUCUUUAGCUCAGAAUCUUUCAAUGAUUCUGAUGUUUGCUGCCUACAAGAUACAUCCCAAGCAAUUUUAGCCACCGAUUCAAAGGCAGCUACGUGGAUGACUUACCUUAUGACAUGGGUGACUUACCUUCCAAACUGCCUGCCAGCUGGAUUUCAUGCUGCCAAACCCCCUCCUCACUGCAGCAGAGAGCCACCUCGCUGGUUCCGAGCGCAUCUCGCAGGCUCCUCCCCACUCCAACUAGUCUUACUGUCAUCCCACCUUCUCCAGACACUUCCUUUCCUUUCUCUCCACCAGUUUAAAACAUAAAUAGCAAGUUCACUAACCAGCACAGGCCUCCCAUCUUCCUGCAACCUGAAGGACCAUCUGCUCUUUGGAGGUCUUUCACACAUAAUUCUUAUGUGAUUAAGAUUAAAGUGUAUCAUUAAAUCUCUUAUAGGUC